AGCAGAGCCGGGACCAUGCAGGGAGGCGGCCAGGAGGCUGUGCGGUCCCCAGGGAGCCACGGGGUUGUGUCUGCAUGUGCAGGAGGGAGCGUCCCUGUCCCGCGUCUGGGGCCGGGAUUCCAUUCAGGAAGGACACCCUGCGGCUCCCUUUCUGGGCGGGAGAGGGACCUCCCCGCGGGGCCACCGGUGCCUGAGCAGAGGGCGACCCGGGGAGCUGCGGUGGGAAGGCGGCCCCAGGCGCUGGUGCAGGAGAGCCCUCAGCCAGGCAGGCCCCCGAGUCGCCGCGGCUUCCCCCCACCCCGCACCCCCGCCCAGGGCGCCCCGCUUCCCCGAGUCGCGGUCUGGGUCCCACGGAGCCCGCGGCGCCACCUGGUGGCUGCGCGUCUGCCCGAACCUUCACCUCCGUGAGGACCUGGAGGUCCUGAGGGACCCUGUGCCCUUCCCCCGGCCUGGGGGUCCCCAAGCGCCUGUGACCGGCACCCCCCCGUGUCCCAGGACCCUCAGGGGCCAGCUCCAGACAUGGCCCAUGGUCCAGGGGUCCAUCUUCCCUGGGGUGGCCGGAGAAUUCUGCCAGGCCCCCGGAGUCCGUGCCCACGCUGCCCCGCCGCGGGCACAGGCAGAGGCACGCACACGCGGGCACCCCACCGACCUGUCCACUCUCUCUCUCUCUCUCACACACACACACACACACACACACACACACACACACAUUCCGUGCUAACGUGGCUCCUGGAAUUCUCAGCCAUGAAUGUCUCCCAUGAAGCGACUUUAAUUCCAGAAGACACGUGGGCUCUGGCAUUCCAGAAAGUCUCACUGACUGUCGGUUCCAUGGGGGAGCUGGGGGCUCUGGGUUGGGCCUCUGGCGUCCUGCUCCGAGGACCCCGCAGGACCCCCACGAGCCCACAGGCCGCCCGCCGCCCCCCGGGGCCCUCCGGCAGCCACCCUGGGAAGCGGAGCCCCCUGCGGCAUCCUUCAGAGGACAGAGGCUGGGGGAGGCCUAUGGGCCGCCCUGAGCACCCGCACCCCACAGCAGAGGCUCCCCCAAAGGAACCAGAAUCAGCUCCUUCACUUGUGGGGCCCAUAAAACACGCAGCCUUUGGUUCGAAAUGGUUAGAAUUUCAAGACAGCCACGGCGGGCGUUAAACCAGGCCCGGGCCCGUCUGAGCCCGGUUCCCUGCCGCGCGGGGCCCGCCUCCUCAUUCCUUCUCGGGGCUGCGGCUCCCUGGCCGUCCGCUCCUCUUCUCAGCUGCCUCCUCCCUAUCCGUACAAGACCCCAUGGGAACAACACACACAGCCCUCCCGGUGACACGGCUAGGCCUGGGACGGGGGACACCUGGGGCCUGGGCACUCUCAGGGCCAAAACUCCCUCCACUGAACUCUGAAGGCUCAGGUUGGUGCUGGGAGUAGGGUGGCCCCUGCCCGACCUGCUGGGGAGGGAGCGUUGGUGCUGUGUGCAUGGGUGUCAUGGCCACGUCCGGGUCCCUGGGUUGGGGGGUGGCAGGCUCCAACCUUGGCUGCUGGAGGAGGCCAGGAGGAGCUAAGCCGGUGGGGGGAAGGUGCCCGUGGGCCUGGGGUCUCAGUGGGCACCAUCGUGGCCUCCAGCACCCCCAACUCUGCGUCCCCGGUCCCUGGUGUGGGUGGGAGCAGCCAGCCCCGGCUGGCCAGGUGUGCUCCCGCCCCGGGCCCCCGGCAGGUAGGCUGCGCCGCGCCCCCUCCCCCCCACCGGCAAGAAGGGUGGCAGGUCGGCAGGUGGGCAGGUCUGGGCAGUGGCUGCUGAGUCAGUCUGCAAGGAAUGUUCUGGCCGCUCCCGGCUUCACCCUGUCCCUGCCUGCCCUCACCUCUCCCUGCUCCCCAGGCGCUGCUGGCACCCAGCCCAUGCCGGGAAUGCAUCUCCAGCCCAGGCUUGCUUGGACAAGCUCUCCCCGGCAGCCGACCCCCACUCCUCCCCCAUGUGCCCCCGUGACCCCAGCAGAGCCCUGGCCCCCCAGAGUCCCCAUCUCCUUGCUCCCUGAGCACUCCAAGGCUGGGGCGGUCCACCUGUGUGACCGAAAAACCAGAGUGGGCCUGAGGUCAGGGCCAGGGAUGAGUCAGGACCCCGACAACAGCCCCCAGGCAGGGACCAGGGCCCAAAGGAGGGAGCCCCGGAAAGAAUGGGCUUUCCUGGAGGAGGGGGCUCUGUCAGGAGGACACCUGGCCUCCUCGGCUGGGGCUGGGGGCUGGGGGCUGGGGGCUGGGGAGGUGGCCAGGAGGCUGGGCCUGUGGCAGCCAAGCUGGCACUUUGGCCAGAGCCCAAUGCCUCCCUCCCCUUGGCUCUACUCAGAGCCCUUGCCCAGGCAGACCCCAGGCUCGCUGCUGCUGGGCAGUGCAGCAGUGGGCCGGGGGCUGAGGGGCCAGCCCCAGAGGUGAGCCAGCCACCCCUGCUGUCUGCUCCCAGCCAGCAGGGAGGGAAUAUGGGGCCCCCCCUGGGCCCCCACAGCACCCCGGCCCCGGCUGGCACCACGGCUAUACCCGGGCUCAUUCCGGACCUCAUCGCCAGGCUCCCUUGGCCCCGCUGGGCAAUCAUUGUCAUUGCUGUGGCUGCCGGCAUCCUCAUGGUCUCCUGCCUCCUCUGUGCUGUCUGCUGCUGCUGCCGCCGUGGCCACAGGAAGAAGCCCAGGGACAGGGAGGCUGUGGGCCUGGGCAGUCCUCAAGGGACCACCAGCUCCCACCUGGAGCAGAGGCAGGGAGGGCCCCCCACCCCCGCCCCCGUAGUAGAAGCGGCGAGCCACGGUAUUAGGGAGGCACGUGGGACUAAGGCCUGGAGGCCCCGAAUGCCGGCCCCAGAGGUGCAACCGGAUGUGGACACCUCAGAGACUGCCCCGGAGGAUGCCCAGCACUGGGGGCGCCUGCAGCUCUCCCUGGAGUACGACUUCUCAAGGCAGGAGAUCAAGGUGGGCCUCAAGCAGGCCGCGGACCUGAGGGCCUGUGGGCCGGGUGGCACGGCGGACCCCUACGCCCGCGUCAGCCUCUCCACCCAGGCAGGGCACAGCCAUGAGACGAGGGUGCACCGCGGCACACUCUGCCCCGCGUUUCAGGAGACCUGCUGCUUCCACAUACCGCAGGAAGAGCUGGCUGGGGCCACGCUGCGGGUGCAGGUGCUGGGCUCCAAGCGCUUCUCUGCCCCCGAGCCGCUGGGGGAGCUCAGCCUGCCGCUGGGCGCCGUCGACCUGCAGCACGUCCUGGAGCAGUGGUACCAGCUGGGCCCGCCGGGCGCUGCGGAGCCCGAGCCGUCGGGAGAGCUGUGUCUCUCGCUCCGCUACGUCCCCAGCUCGGGUCGGAUGACCAUAGUUGUGCUGGAGGCGCGAGGUCUGAGCCCGGGCCUGGCAGACCCCUAUGUGAAGGUCCAGCUCAUGCUGAACCAGCGAAAGUGGCGGAAGAGAAAGACGUCGGCCCGCAAGGGCACCGCCUCCCCCUACUUCAACGAGGCCUUCACAUUCCUUGUGCCCUUCAGCCAGAUCCAGGCUCUAAGCACAGGACAUCAGGAUGGGGGAAAACGCAACAGGGCCAUCACGGCCCGGAGACAGCACCUGAAGAGUGUCAUGCUCCAGAUUGCGGCCACGGAGCUGGAGAAGGAGGAGGGUCGCCGGGAGUCGGAGAAGCAGAACUACCUGUCCGAGCACUGCCCCCCCCUGCACCUCCCCAGCUCCAUGUCCGAAGUGCAGGAGCUCUGCAAACAGCUGCACGCCAAGAUCGACGCUGCGGAGGAGGAGAAGUAUGACAUGGAAGUGAGGGUCCAGAAGAGCACCAAGGAGCUGGAGGACAUGAACCAGAAGCUGUUCGACCUGAGAGGCAAGUUCAAGAGGCCUCCGCUGAGGAGGGUGCGCAUGUCGGCCGACGCCAUGCUCAAGGCGCUGCUGGGCUCCAAGCACAAGGUGUGCAUGGACCUGCGGGCCAACCUGAAGCAGGUCAAGAAGGAAGACACGGAGAAGGAGCGGGACCUGCGCGACGUGGGCGACUGGCGGAAGAACAUCGAGGAGAAGUCGGGCAUGGAGGGCCGCAAGAAGAUGUUCGAGACCGAGUCCUAGGCCGCCCGCCGGCCCCGCCCCCGGCCUGGCGCUGCCCGCGGAGGGGACGAGGAGGACACAGCCCGUCUCAGGGAUCAAUAAAGGAUUCCAAUCCCCGUGA